GGGGCUCGAGUUCCGCGUCGUCGCGCAGAGCUGACUCUGGGAGGCGUUUGGGCCCAGAGAAGUGGAUCGGCCGCUUGCUCCGCAUGGAGUCCGAAUCGGAGAGCGGGGCUGCCGCUGACACCCCUCCGCUGGAGACCCUAAGCUUCCAUGGUGAUGAAGAGAUUAUCGAGGUGGUAGAACUGGAUCCUGGUCCGCCGGACCCUGCAGAUGACCUGGCCCAGGAGAUGGAAGAUGUGGACUUUGAGGAGGAGGACGAGGAGGAAGAGGGCAACGAGGAGGGCUGGGUGCUGGAACCCCAGGAGGGGGUGGUCGGCAGCAUGGAGGGCCCGGACGACAGCGAGGUCACCUUUGCGCUGCACUCAGCAUCCGUGUUCUGUGUGAGCCUGGAUCCCAAGACCAACACGUUGGCCGUGACUGGGGGCGAAGACGACAAGGCGUUUGUAUGGCGGCUCAGCGACGGGGAGCUGCUGUUUGAGUGCGCAGGCCACAAAGACUCCGUGACUUGUGCUGGUUUCAGCCAUGACUCUACCCUCGUGGCCACAGGCGACAUGAGCGGUCUCUUGAAAGUGUGGCAGGUGGACACCAAGGAAGAGGUCUGGUCCUUUGAAGCGGGAGACCUGGAGUGGAUGGAGUGGCACCCUCGGGCCCCUGUCCUCCUCGCGGGCACGGCUGACGGCAACACCUGGAUGUGGAAGGUCCCCAGUGGGGACUGCAAGACCUUCCAGGGUCCCAACUGUCCUGCCACCUGCGGCCGAGUCCUCCCCGAUGGGAAGAGAGCCGUGGUGGGCUACGAAGAUGGCACCAUCAGGAUCUGGGACCUGAAGCAGGGCAGCCCCAUCCACGUACUGAAAGGGACUGAGGGUCACCAGGGCCCUCUGACCUGUGUGGCCACCAAUCAGGACGGCAGCCUGAUCCUGACCGGCUCUGUGGACUGCCAGGCCAAGUUGGUCAGCGCCACCACCGGCAAGGUGGUGGGCGUCUUCAGACCUGAGACCGUGGCCUCUCAGCCCAGCUUGGGGGAGGGGGAGGAGAGCGAGUCCAACUCGGUGGAGUCCCUGGGCUUCUGCAGCGUGAUGCCACUGGCCGCUGUUGGCUACCUGGACGGGACCUUGGCCAUCUAUGACCUGUCCACACAGACCCUCAGGCACCAGUGUCAGCACCAGUCGGGUAUCGUGCAGCUGCUAUGGGAGGCGGGCACCGCCGUGGUGUACACCUGCAGCCUGGACGGCAUCGUGCGCCUCUGGGACGCCCGGACCGGCCGCCUGCUCACCGAUUACCGGGGCCACGCAGCCGAGAUCCUGGACUUCGCCCUCAGCAAAGAUGCCUCCCUGGUGGUGACCACGUCGGGAGACCACAAAGCGAAAGUAUUUUGUGUCCAGAGGCCUGACCGCUAACGGCUGCAGCUUCUGGCUUUGUGUCACCAGCAGGGGUGGCAGGGUGCAGAGGGGAGCGGCGAGGGCCUGGGACUGCUUCCCUGCCCCUCGGGCUGGCCUGCCCCUCUAUCCCCUCCUUCCCUCUAGACCCCACCCCGGGGCGCCCCCUCGCCUGGCACAGACCCAGCGGCCCUGGGCGUGUGGGGGCGGCCUUUCUCUCACGCGUUUGCUGGUGUGAGGCACGGGUGCGUGUUUGUAUGCGGGGGGGUGGGGGAGGUGUCGGAGGUUCCCGUUCUUUCCCCCCCCCGAGGCUGGGGGUGGAAAGGAGGAAGAGAUACUAGCUACAGAUUUUAAAAAUGUAAAUAAAAUAUACUUC